GUUCAUUUUUUAUUGCGGUAAGAAAAACCUACUUUCACUUCCGUGUUUACAACUCAACUGUCAUACAAACCAUUGUGAAUUAUUAAAAAGAAUAUUGAAAUCAUGUAGAUCAAACGGUUCAUCUUUUGAAUCCGCACCUUUUUGAAAGGAUGCUGGCGCGAUUUAAAGACGCAGCGAUGAGUGCUAUUGCUAAAAGGUCGGUGGCGGAAAAAAUGCUGGCAGACACCCAAGAGGAAAGUGCAAGGAAUAACUUCAUCUCAGGCCUAGCAUCAGGCCCACCAAAGCCAGAGAAAUUCCCCUAUGGACGUCCAUAUUUUCUCAGUCUGGACAAAGAAGAAGUGCAGUCGGCCAUAGACUUUGGGACGCGGCCAAUCAUCAUUCCAAGGAAGGUCUAUGAUAUGCCCUUGGUGUCGGGCUAUGCAGAGUGUCUGAAUGGAGGCAAAAGCAGUUGUAAUGAGGACAAUAGCUAUGCUUGUGAGAUGCAUAUCAAGCCAAAGAGCAGUCAAAACGGCAAAACACUGACAAGAUCAAAGACUGUAAUGCAGCCUAUGCAGGAAAUUGCAAAAAUGGCACCAUGUAUAGAAGCUGUAUAUUUUGGUAUGUUUGAUGGACAUGCAGGCUACCAGACCUCAUUGAUCGUAUCACGGCAACUGCACAGUAUAUUGCAGGACCUGUUAUCAGAGUGUGUGGACCGCCUAGUUGCUAUGCGGGCCAGUGCUGGAAAAGAGACCCUAGAGACUGAGCCCAUUACACUGGGGUUCAGUAGGGUCACUGAUGAUGACCUCAUAGUGGGGGCACUGGAAGAGGCAUUCCAGCUGAUGGAUCAAAGGCUGAAGAAGGACGGUGAAAAGUUCAAUGUGAGAGGGGGAUGUACAGCCAUAGUCGCUUUAUUUGUAAACGGAAAACUGUAUGUUGCCAAUGCAGGGGAUAGUAGAGCAGUGCUUUUACAUGGAACCACUGUCAAACAGGUGUCUACAGAUUUCACCCCAGAAAAAGAGAAGCAGAGAAUCCAUUUAAAGGGCUUUACAAAUCCAGAACUGCUGCACAAUGAGUUCUGCUCACUUGAGUUCCAAAGACGGGUGGCGAAAUCUGACAUUGGAUCUCGAAUGUUAUGUAGGGUGCCUGGCACUACUGGAUGGAAAUUCAAGACGAUUGAUGAAGAUGACACCAAGUUCCCACUUGUGAUAGGGCAUGGGAAGAAUGCACGCAUAAUGGGGACUAUUGGCGUGUCAAGGGGCCUUGGGGACCAUGAUCUGUAUAUCUAUGAAUCUGACAUCUCCAUCAAACCAUUCCUCUCCUGCGUUCCAGAGGUUAAGGUAAUAGAUCUCAGGGAAGAAAAGUAUGACCAGACGGACGUAUUAAUAAUGGCAACAGAUGGAUUGUGGGACGUUGUUACAAAUGCGAGAGCUGCAGAAAUCGUUCGUAAUGAGCUGCAAAAAUCUAAAGAGCUACAUGAAAAUGGUCAAAAUGGGCCCCAGAAGAUCAAAGAUUUGGAAAAAACAAAAUAUAUUAUUGCGGCCCAACGUUUGGUGAUGGAGGCGCGUGGAACUUUCACAGGACAGGGCUGGAAGAAGAGCAGUGGAGAGAAUGCCUCGUUUGACGAUAUCAGCACGUUUGUGAUACCUCUCAAGAAAUACCAGGAUAUUUGGAGAAACAAAUGUGCCUUUGAGAACUCUAUCGAGGCAGCACUGAGGAGCUGAUAGCAAGAGCAGCCUUAUAAGAGUGAAGAAUUGUGUCUUGUUCUGAGAAAACUGGGCAUAAGGAAUGUGCGUAAAGUGUCGUCCCAGAUUAGCCUGUGCAGUCUGCACAGGCUAAUCAGGUACAACACUUUCCGCUUUAACUAGAUUUUCGGUAUAAAGGGACUUCCUUUUAACGAAAAAUACCAUUAAAGCGGAAAGUGUCGUCCCUGAUUAGCCUGUGCGGACUGCACAGGCUAAUCUGGGAUGACACUUUACGCACAUGCAUUAUGCCCAGUUUUCUCAGAACAAGACACAAAUUUAUCUAAUUUAUUGAAGUAACACUUCAAGGACUGUUGUCCUUUGUUUAAGAUACACUGUUUGACUUUGUAAAGAAAGUAUUAUGGAAAGCCAUCCAUGGUUUCUGAUGGGGUCAGAUGUUGUUUUUUUAAUAUUCUAAUAAAUGUUUACAAUAA